GGAACAUCAGUUUUUCCUGAGAAUUGCAAAUAUGAAGGCUUUCAUCGUUUUGGUUGCUUUGGCUUUGGCCGCCCCCGCUUUCGGUCGCACCAUGGACCGUUGCUCCUUGGCUCGUGAGAUGUCCGACUUGGGUGUUCCUCGUGACCAGCUCGCUCGCUGGACCUGCAUUGCUGAGCACGAAAGCUCCUACCGCACCGGUGUUGUGGGCCCUGAGAACUACAACGGCUCCAACGACUACGGUAUCUUCCAGAUCAACAACUACUACUGGUGCCAGCCUGCCAACGGUCGCUUCUCCUACAACGAGUGCGCCCUCAGCUGCAACGCUCUGUUGACCGAUGACAUCACCAACUCCGUCCGUUGCGCCCAGAAGAUCCUUGGCCAGCAGGGCUGGUCUGCCUGGUCCACCUGGAAGUAUUGCGAUGGCUCUCUGCCCUCCAUCGAUGGCUGCUUCUAAGCUUAUUAAAUAAACUGUGAACAAAAUCUAAA